AUGUCUUCGGUUCCUGCACCUCCAUUUGUGGUCACGGCACUGUAUCCGUACCAGUCGGACCAUCCCGAUGAUUUGUCUUUUGAAACUGGCGAGAAGAUUGAGGUCCAAUCUGUAGAGGAUGACGACUGGUUCAGUGGAAACAGUGUCGACGAUCCUACGAGAAAGGGUAUGUUUCCCAGAAAUUUUGUAGAAGUCAGUCAGGAACCGUCGUCGGCUGCCUCGGUCACGGAACAGGCUGCUCCUUCUACUGUUCCGGCUCCUGUAUCAGCUGCUAUUGCAUCUACCGGGUCAUCCUCAGUACCAGCCUCUGCAUCUGUCACCCAGUCUAGUAAGAAUGUUGCUGGCGACGAUGAUGGUGAUGACGGCUGGUCGGAAGAAGAAGACAACGACCAAGAAGAAUCCAAAUCCAUUCAUAUCGGACCUCCUCCGACGGCAGUUGCAGCUGCUUCCAGUGGUAAACCAGCAGCAGCACCAGCUUCAUCAUCAGCUCCAGUAGCUAGUAGUCCAUCAUCAGCUCCUAUUGAAUCGGUAACUAACAAGUUGUCCAAUAUCGAUAUCAAAGACUCUUCAGACGAUCGAGCUCCUUCAUCAGCUCCUGUUUCUCAUUCUCAUAACCCAGAUGCUGCUGAAGAGGACACUAGCAAUAUUGACCAUAAACCCACUGCUGCCACCAGAAAUGCAUUCAAGGAUAGAAUUGCCGCAUUUAAUGUCCAAUCUGAAGCUGCUCCUAUAGUUCCUGGUCAACAGAAAUUCUCGUCGUUUGUCAAGAAGCCAUACGUACCACCUCCUAGUUCGUAUGUUCCUAGCAUUCCCAAGUCACAACCAUCUGUUUCACGAACCAAUACAUUUGAAGCAGUUUCUCCGUCGAAUACUGGCAGUCCAGUUAUUUCCAAUAGCAGUUCAGCUUUUGAGCGUCAAGCUUCACCUCCACCAGCUGCCGUUGACCAUAGUCACGACCAGCAGGAUGAAGAAGAAGCAGUUCCCAAGAUGAGUUUGAAAGAACGUAUUAAGCUAUUACAGCAACAACAGCAAGAAGAGCAAGAACGGGUUGAAGCGGCUGCCUUGCGUAAAAAGCAGAAAGCCAAAGCCAAGAAAGCAUCUGCUGCAGAAGCUGUUCAUGAUGACGGAACUGCAGUUGAAGAAGGAGAUCAUGUUGCACCCGCAGCACCAGCUCCUCUUGAAAGAACCUUGUCCUCCAGUUCUCGGAAAGAACUCCAUAGAGUAGCAACUGGAGGAUCCAUUGCAUCUGUUGCAUCGAGCAUUGCUGCUGAAGAACAACCUCUGUCACCAGCUAGCACUGGACCUCGUAGAUCUGGAAGUUUCAGUGAUAGAAAGCAGUCGAUAGACAGACCUCGUAAUCUAGACGAUAGUCUUGUUCUCGAAGGUGACGAAACACAGCCUGCUGCUAGACCGGCUAUUCCAACUCGUGCACCACUUUCACACGAUGACGAGGUAGCUGAACAGGAAGAACCAGAAGAAGAACCAGAAGAACGAGGAGAAGAAGCUGAAGAAGAGGAAGAAGAUGAUGACGAAGACUAUGAGGACGAUGAAGAGGACGAAGAAGAAGCAAAACGAAUUGCAUUGAGAGAGAGAAUGGCCAAAAUCUCGGGUGGUAUGGGCAUGAACCUUGGAAUGCUCAUGACCGGUGGGUUCCCUCAACCGUCAGCGGCCAAAUCAAAGCCUAAAACCAAGAAAGCGUCUAAACCUCAGCCAGAAGAGGAACAAGUCCAAACUCACCAAGCGCCAGUUCCCAUGUUUCCGUUUGCUGACCCUAAAGCUCUAGCUGCUCUUCAGAAACGAACAACUGAGCCAGCAGAAGAAGAAGAAGAACAAGACGAGGAACCUGAACAAACUGAAAGGGUACCCGAAGAAGACACUGUUCAAGAGACUGAUGAAAUCAAUCAAGAAGAAUCAGCAGUACCUGCUGUUCCAGAGCCAGAACAGCGUCGGUCUCACUUACCCCCACCACCGCUUCCACCCUUGUCAGUUCCUGAACCGACCGGCCAUGCUCCACCCGUUCCCCAAACAAUUCCCUCACCCGAGACACCCUCACGACCCGCCGCCCACCCCGUCUCAUCCCCACCAAUCGCGUCAGCACCCCCCAUACCAUCCGUAGCCCGUUCACCAAGCACUUCAGGAGCACCUCCACCACCACCACCCCAAAUCCCAGACCGCUCCAUCCCCACUGAACAGGACCCGGUCUACAAACCGCCCCGCCGGUCGUCGACCGAGCCGGUCAAGUCCCAGGUGGACGAGGUCAUUGAAGGUACGUACCCGGGGCCCGGACUGCCUCCGGCGGCUGGGGCUCCGCCCCAGACCCUGGUUGCUCCUGCUUCGCAGGAGAAUUUAAAGAGGGGAUUCCCCACGCCCGACUCGAGCGAAGCGAGAGGAGCCACCAGGGUCUGGGGCGGAGCCCCAGCCGCCGGAGGCACACCCCCCACCCGUCAGCCACUAACCGCAGCAGACGAGCUCGGAGACGACGAACGGACCGAGUCCGAGGAAGGGUUCCGGGGACUGUCGAAGAGACAUUCGUAUAUUGGCGGAAGUGGAGCGAUUCCGCCGGUGCCGAUAUCGCCGAGCAGCACGGGCCGGUCGCCAAUUGGGGCGGUGCCGAGGAAGUCGCGGACGGUGGACGAUUUUUCGGAUACUGUUCCUCACAGCCGGCCGCCUCCUCCACCGCUUCCUGUGGCGGGUUUGCCUCCUCAGGUGCCGGAACAGGACAAUUUUUCCGAUGAAACGACCGGAUAUGAAGCAGAUGAGGACACGGAUAUUUAUAAUUCGAAAGAUGAGGCGUCGGGGUCGCCUCGAGCAGGGUUUCAUGGUCGGCAGCUGUCAACAGGGUCGUCCAGCGGGGUCGACUCCUCGCACCACCAGCAUCAGCAUCACCGGAAUCAGCCAGUUUUGCCAGGACGACCUCAUACAACAACCGGACCUCCUCCUCCAAUUCCAGGCGGAAUAGCUCCAACUUCGCCUCCAGUGCCACCUCCAGGAGUCCGAGCACCUCCACCCCCACCUCCAGUAGCAGCACCACCUCCUCUUGGUUUGCCUCCACGACCGCCAGUGGACUUUUCUGAAGAAACGUCGUCUGAUUUACAGGGGUCAGAUGAGUCGGAUACCACGGAACAGUACGAACAGGACCACUCGUCUGGAUUCGAGGACGAUUCAGUGACUCCAGUCGAGCCAGUUCGAAGUGCUCCUCGUGGCCCACCUCCUCCAGCUCCGAUUGUAACACCAAUGGCCCCAGUUCACAAUGUCCCACCUCCAAUUCCACCAGUAGCACCACCAGUGGCACCACCAGGAGCACCUCCAGUUGCACCACCAGCGGCAGGUUCAACAGGUGCACGAGGAUCGAGUUCAGUGAGUCCUAGCACGACUCAAGGCCACUUUUCACGACGGUCUAUUGAUCAAAGAACAGGAACUGCUAGUCAGGGUCGAACUAGUUUGGACAGUGGUAACUCGUUUGUCGCACACGAUAUUGAUCCUGACGUGUCGUCGCAAUGGUGGACAGUACCUAAUGGAGUUCCAUCAGCCAUUAGUCGUAAUCUGGGUAAUCUCAUCUACGAGAUUGAUGACAGUCAGUCGACAAAACGAGGAGGACGAGUUGUUGUUUCUCGAGAUGUUUAUGUUCUAUAUCACGACUAUUCACAGUCAGUUAUCACUGCGAGAUACGACCAGCAGGAUCCAGUUGGGUCAGUGGUGUUUGAACAAACACACACAGCCCCUCCAUCGUGGCGUCAAGACCAGCUGGAAGACGCAUAUAAAGUGUACGGACGAAAAGUGUUAGAAGAAGCACAGAAAUUAUCAUCCAGCGGAUCCAGUUCUAGUGCUAAUCUGGUUGCCGAUAUUGUAGCAGCACAACCGCGAGCACUUCCAGCCAUUGGACGUCGAGCCUAUGGAGCACUUGUAUAUGACAAUCUUGCGAAUGCCAGUGUGAAGCAGUUUGACGAGAUCCGACCUGGUGAUAUUGUCGCAUUCCGAAACGCGCAUUUUCAAGGUCAUAAGGGCAGUCUUCACACGAAAUACAGUGUCGAUGUUGGCAAAGACGACAGUAUCAGUUCGGGAGUCAUCUACGAAUGGGACGGCACCAAGAAAAAAAUCCGUGUCUACAUCCAGCCCGAGUCAUCAUCCUCAUCCAAGACCAGCAGCGGCAAACUCAAGCAAGAAAGUUACCGACUCAGCGACCUCAAAUCCGGCGAAGUCCGCGUCUACCGCGUGGUCGGCCGCAACUACGUCGACUGGGAGUAA